AAAAAGUAGUAAUUUUAAAUAACUAGAUGCAAAAUGUUGAAUGUAAUGCUAAAUUCCCGGUCUAACCAUGUAUUAACGAUAGCCACAGGUGUAAUAUGUGGUCUAUUUAUGAUAAAUGUAAUUGUAUGUCAAAAAUCACCCGAGUGCGAAAGGGAGGCCAAAAAGAUCGAUAUAAUAAUUGAAGACAUGUAUCUGUUUGGGUCCGCACAACGAGCCUUCCCUAUGAAUAACAAAGAUAUGAAAGAGUUUUGCAAGAUUAACAAUGACUAUCAGCUUGAGAUAAAAAAUUACUCGGAAAAGUGUUUGGAAACACUGAGCAAACGUCUGAUCAGUUUAAUGAUGUACAGCAUAUCGAGAAACAGCGGCGGCACCUGUAGGUCAAAGCGCCGGACAGCGGAGUUUCUGACCAAUGGUAAGUGCGGUAAUGCCGCCCAACGGGACAAUAGAAAGUGCUGGCACAAGUGGCUACACGAGCUUGAUGGUAUCAAAACAAUAACCGAGUACAAACUUAAAGUACCCUUAUCGUGCUGCACGUUCUACAAAAUGAGAUCGUGUUUCGCGCGUACUUACGAUCAAAAACGUAAGGAGUGUACGAAAAAGUCUGCCGACGGGUUGGAGAAACUGCUGGACGUUUACGCGACCGAAACGCUGUCAUUCCUGUGCGGCGACUAUAGGGACGACAGCGACAAAUGCGACAAAAUUGUGCCCAAAAUACCCAAAACUAAGAAUAAUGACAAAACCAAUUCGCCCAUCACCAUUUUAAUUAGCAUAUUGAAUAGUGUCCCUGAUGGCAGUGUUUAAUUGAUGUUUGUUUGCGUUGGUUAACGUUUGUUUUAAUUAAAUUAAGCAU